UUCUCCGUUUUGUUCUUUUGUUUUUUUUGAGAACAAAAUUGUGAUUGAAAAUUUUUCGCGCCUUUAACAUCUCAUGUUGAUUGUUGUUUCUUUUUGUUAAUUGUUGUUUACCGAAUUAAAUUGAUUAUGGAAUCUAAAAGAUCUCUAAACAUACCCUGGGUUGAAAAGUAUCGUCCAGUUGAUUUUGAUGAUAUUGUUGGUAACCAAGAUGUUGUCGAAAGGUUGAAGGCUCUGGUUGAGAAGGGAAGUUUUCCAAAUCUAUUACUUUCUGGGCCUCCAGGUAUUGGUAAAACAACAACCAUCUUAUGUCUUUGUCGGAAAAUGCUUGAUGGUCAUUUAAAAGAUGCUGUAUUAGAGUUAAAUGCUUCUAAUGAUCGAGGUAUUGAUGUUGUUCGAAACAAGAUUAAAAUGUUCGCUCAAACUAAGGUUACCUUGGGCCCUGGUAAGGUUAAAGUUAUCAUUUUAGAUGAAGCCGAUAGUAUGACUGAAGCUGCUCAACAAGCUUUAAGGCGAACCAUGGAAAUCUAUUCUAAAACAACUAGAUUUGCUUUAGCUUGUAAUACCUCUGAACGGAUUAUUGAACCUAUUCAAUCGAGAUGUGCUGUUAUUAGAUUCAAUAAAUUAAGCGACGAAGAGAUUAAGAAACGUUUGGUUCACAUUUGUGGUAAAGAAGGGGUAACCUACACUGAGGAUGGUUUAAAAUCUUUGGUCUACACUGCCCAAGGUGAUUUACGACAAGGAAUCAAUAAUUUACAAUCUUGUUUCGAUGGAUUUCAAAAGGUUACCAGUGAAAAUGUUUUCAAAGUUUGUGAUGAACCUCAUCCACUUCAAAUUAAAGAAAUGAUUGGACAUUGUUUGGAGAAAAAGUUUGAUCAAGCUUACACCAUAAUGGCUCAUCUAUGGGAACUUGGUUAUUCACCUGAAGACAUUAUCGUUAAUAUGUUUAGAGUUACUAAAAAUUAUGAUAUGGGCGAAUAUCUUAAGCUAGAAUAUAUCAAAGAAAUCGGAGUAACCCACAUGAGAAUCGUCAAAGGAGUUAAUUCAUUGCUACAAUUAUCUGCUCUGUUGGCAUCUCUAUGUAAAAAAUCAAUUGGUAAAAGAUGAAGUCUCUCAAAUAAUCAAUCUUCCAAAUCAUUCGCAACUAAUAACCAGAGAUUCCAAUUUGUAUUCCUUUCAUCUUUGCAUCAUUUAAUACGAAAUCCUCAACAUCUAUCAACAAGUGAUGAACAAAUUGCGAAAUUAUUUCCCAACGAGAUGAUAUUACAAGAAGUGAAACUUUUCCCUAAACACUAAUAAGAAAAGGAUGAUUUAAAUUUUAUUAGUAGCUAAAUGUUACUAUUUGUUUUCUCAUAUUUAACAGUUUUUCAUUAUUGAAAUGAAGCCAAAAAUAAUUUGUCUCAACAAUGGUCAAUAAUUAUGUAAAUUGUUUCCAUCAAACUAUUCAAGUUUACUGAUGAUGUUGACAAUUAAAUACAGCACAAAGUUUUCUUAACCUUCUCAAUUGGUGAUGAUAGAGAGAAACACUCAAUAUAACCUGUCAAUGUGUACACAAAAAGAAA